AUGGCAUCCCCGCGGGUCAGACGCCAGGAGCGCAGGCGUGCAGCGGGCUACAAUACCAAACCGUACGAAGUCAAGGGCACCCCAACACGCAAGCGAAAGAGGCCUGCCAUGACUGGACCUGCCGUGACUAAGCCUUCUGGGACUUUGGAGUUGCAAGACGACGAGGAGGGCAAGGAGAAGACACCUUCGGAAUUGCACCCUGAUCUCGGGAUGCCCUCCCCUACGCAAUACAAGAUUAUCGAAGAGGAAUACAUUUCCUCUCUGCAUGUCCGCAAGCGGGAGAAGGCGCUCCUCACGCAGGCUAUGUUCGACAACAUUUGGGACGUACUUCAUGACCCGACCGCAUCACGCGUUGGCACUCCUCAGUUUCGCUGGUGGGUGCGGAAGAUGUUCACGUUGUCCUAUACGCGCUCACUGCUCACCCCCGCCGAGAUCGAGAGCAUUGAGGCUCUGGGUUCUCCUCCGAUGCCUAUCGUUUUGCACGAGAACCGCCCCAUUGCGCUGAAGGACCAGAUCUACGAGAUUCUCUGCUACUGCCACAGCCUGGCGAACCAUGGCGGACGGGACAAGACAACUGCGGUCAUCCGCGAGCACUACUCUUGGAUACCGAAGGAGCUCAUCUCGCAGUUUGUCCGGGCUUGUCCCACUUGCAUUUUCAAGAAGACGCGCAGCAUGGAGCUCGUCUUGGCAGUCUGUGCACGAGAGGACAGCAAGUCUGCUCCGCCCGUGUUCACUGAAGAGGAGAAGAAGCUGGUGGCCGAGGUGCAGCAGCUCGUGCUGCAGUACCCUGAUGAGGCAAAGCACGUUCUGGCACACUGCAUCCCGCCGCAUGUGGCCGAAGGCAUCAGCCGCGACGCAGCGCCUUCCAGCUCUCGGACAACUACUUGGCAGCCUGCUUUUGAGCCUGAUUUCCUGCAUUCGCCUGUCCCGCUGCACGCUAUGCCUGGACUGCAUCCCUGGCUGGACCCUGCUUUGUAUGACAGUCAAGGGCAACACUGGUCUAUGUCUGGCAGUUCACACGGCUCGUCUACUCUGGUUUCGAACGCCUCUUCCCAGGCUGGCUACGACAAGACAUACUAUGAACUCGCGCCGAUGCGACGGUGGGCUAGCGCAGACGAACCGCUGGAGCAGUCUCUGCUACGCGAGCGCGAGAUCGUGCUCCCUCCACUAACGAAGGUCCUCUCUGAGGGUUCGACGGACAUGUUCGAUCCUGCGACGCGCUUCGAGCCCCGCGCGCCGUUCGAGCUCUACUCACCGCAUUUGGCCCUCCCGCCAAUGCAGACGUGGUCCCGCGGCUCGGAGGCUGACCACUGGGCAACGACAUAUGCGGAGAAUGGAUACGGGCAGAUCGACCCAGCGCUACUGCAGGACGACGGGCUCGGCGAGGUGCCCCUCGCCUCGCCUGAUCGUGUGCUGUUCGCGGAGUAUCGUCAUCGCUCGUCGAUGGGCGCCAUCAGCAUGUCUUCUGCGCCGUCUGCCUGUAGAAUCGGAUCCGUCGAGUCGCUCUUGACGGGUUCGUCUCCCCUCAGCAGGCUUUCGUUACGCUCGGGGCUCGUGAACGCCUACGCUGCGGCGGGCUUGGACGACAGCGAAUCGCAGGCUCGCCAUCUGGUAGUUGAGAUGGACGCACCGCGGUUUGUAUUUCCGACGUCUGUAGAGAGGCAAGGGCUCGAUGGUGACGACCCGUUUGCAAUGACUGAAUAA